CAUCUCUGUCUUUACAUGCGUGCUGGCCUAGCUGGCUCCCCGAACGUAAGCUGCGCCUCACUCCUUCCUCCCCAUCAUCUUCCCUCCGCGCCGCCCCACCUUCUUGACUGGAGUAGGCUCCGCAAGGCCAGAGAGGGCAAAGCAACCGUCUGCGGGAUUCCCUCCUCUAGAUCGGUCUUUUAUUGCUUCUGCCCGGCUCUGGCCCGCUCCCUCCCUUUCGGCUCGGCUAUCGAGUGCUCCAGUCUGAACCUGGCCGCGGCCAACACCCGCACCAGUUCGGCCUAUCCUUUGCUUCUGCCUGGCUCGGCUCUCCGGCUGCGGCGGCGGAGAGAGCGCCGCGAUCCUCGUCUCGGCCAGCAGCCUCCGCCCAUUUCGCCUGCCGCGGGCGCUUCCGCUUCCGGUAGCCCCGGCCGUAAGUGUCCGAGGCACCAGCCAUGGCGAGGAGCCGGCUGGAGACCGUGGGGAGUGUUUUCUCGCGGUGCGUGCUCGGACCCGGUGUGGGCUGAGGGUACCUCCUCAGGAAGGGGGCUCUCGACCGCUGACGCUCUUUCUGGGACUCGGGACCUGAUUCGGGCUGGGGUGUUGAACGAGAAGCCCCUGUGGUUUGACGUAUAUAAUGCUUUUCCCCCACUGAGAGAGCCGGUCUUCCGGAGGCCCCGCUUGCGAUAUGGCAAAGCCAAAGCUGCCAUCCAGGACAUCUUGUACCCCGAGGAUCGGAUUAGAGCGAAAUUUUAUUCAGCCUAUGGAUCUGGUCAGAGAGCUUUUGAUCUGUUCAAUCCAAACUUCAAGUCUACCUGUCAACAGUUUGUGGAGAAGUACAUUGAGCUACAGAAACUUGGAGAAACUGAUGAAGAGAAGUUAUUUGUGGAAACAGGGAAGGCUUUAUUAGCAGCAGGUGUCAUUCUGAGAAGAGUAGGAGAAGCAAGGACUUGAGCCUCCAGUAUCUUCUGCUGACAAAAUACAUCAUCAAGCCAGCUGGCACAGGAGAAAUAUCAUCUUCAGAGUCCAGUUCCAGAAUCACCAAGCGGAGCAAAACAAUCGCGAAGGUAGUAAAUUUACAACUGGAACGAAAGUGAACAGGAUAAGGGAAGAGAAGCCCUAAUAGAUAUCGUUACUGCUAAGAGAAACACAGCACUAGUGAGGAGAGUGCCUGGAGGUUUGGGAACUGGGCAAGGGUCUGAGGCAGACCUGCAGAGGGUGGGGAUCUCUGUGACUCAGAAGCCCCGGGGGAAAAUGAAUGGACUCCUGCCUCCCCCACCCCAGGCUUCCUGUCUGUCCUGACACUCUUUUCCCUCUUUCUCUGCUACGGAGGUGGUGCUGAUAAGCUUGACCUCAGCUGCUGGAGGAAAUGGAAACCUCAGCUCUUCAAGCCCCCUCCCCCUCCUGCCCAUUGGGCUUGAGCAGCAGAGCAUGGGGCCGGGGAAGGUGGCACCUGGUCCAGUUGCAUACACAGGGCGUGCUCUGACCUGCUGGUUUGGUGGAGUGGGGUGUCAAUCUCUCCCUUCCCUCUGCCCUGCUCUCCUGACUUUGUAGGAAUGAAGUGAUUAACUCUCAUCUCCUACUCCCUUCAGCCAUGGAAUCUGAUCCACUUGGCUCUCAAUGAACCUUCUCAAAGCCCUUAUGGUCUAAGAUGAUAUCCAGGUUCCCCAUUAUGAAAACAAAACCAACAUGUUCCAGGAAAAAAAUACACACACACACACACACACACACAGAGAGAGAGAGAGAGAAAAGAACCAUGAAUCAUUCACUCCUCCAAAGGUAACACUAUGAUAUUUGGGUAUGCCCAGGUGGAAAUGCUAAAUUUUU